UAUGUUGCAGGAAAGUGCUUGGCUAGCUGACUUGGAUCUUCUCCUAGAUUUUAGAAGAAAUAACCAUCACCAGGUUUGAAUUGGCUAAACCUUUAGGCUUUGCUGGCAGGAAAGAGGCAUAUUAUUUUUGGAGCAUAAAAUGGAUACAGAAGACUUGGGCUCAGGUAAACUAGGCCAAAUAUUGAAGCAGAUUUGGAGACAAAACCAAAUGCUAAAACAGGCACUCCUGGGUAAUGACCUUUGUGAGGGGCCUGGGGCGGCCACCUGGAUGGCCACAGUGGUCUUUCUGGGUCAGGAACUCAGUGGGGCUCUUCACCAACUGUUGGAGCACACUGCAGGGACACUGUGUUCCACCUGCCAGCAGCUGUAUGUGCUGCUUGACAAGGAGAACGCAUGUAUCUGGAGGCAAGAAAUUAUUGCUUUCAUAGAAUGCCUCAUGAAAAUGAAGGAGCAUUUGGGGAAUACUGCUCUGCUUCUAAAGAAAGAAGAAAAGGAGAUGUGUAAUUUAUGCAGGAUGCAUGAUGAACAUACUCCACAUCGGACAAUGACCACCAUUCAUGACACCAAAGCAACAGACAUUGCUGCAAGAGAGGAACUAAAUGUCAUAGAAACAGCUACUGUUUCUCCCACAAAUGAGGAGGAAAGCCAUUACACAAAUCAGGUUCAGUUAAAAGAAAAUAAAACACACAUAAAUUCUGAAUUAGUGGAAAGAGAAAACAAUGUGUCAUUGAAUGGAAAUGUUACAGAGCAAGAAACGUCACAGAACACCAUGUUCCCAGAUAAUGUAGAAAAUGAAGAUGAUAAACAAAUAGGACACGUGACUGCUGAGAACAUAAAUGGCAACAAGGAGGAGAUUCAUGACAUAAUCCAGAUAACAAAAAGAGAAAUUCAAGGGACCUCAGAAAACCAAAGAGAAGAGAUUACCACAUCCUCAACAACACGGGAUAUCUCCAGUAAACUUGUGAAUAAUCUUCCCAUUGACUCAGACAGUCUAAAGCAAAAGAGUAGCAUAAUGGAAAAGGAGUAUCAUAUGCUGAUAGAGGAGUCUGACCCCCAAGUGUCUUGCUACAUUACAGCACCAUCACGUGUCCUACAGCAGCUGGAGUGCCGGAUAGUUAACAGCAUGAGUUGCUUAAUAGUGAGUGAUAAUGAAGAGCUGGUUAGCAAUGUCAUCUCCAUUGAAUGCUCAGAUAAGGAAGAGAAAAUUCCAUUUCCAAUAUGCAUUGCAAUUCCAUUUACUGCACGUUACAGGGGAAAUUACAGAGAUAUCAUGGUGAAAGUGUCUGACAUAAACCUUCAAUCAAGUUACCUAACCCCAAAUUCACUAGAAGGAAUGAGAGGAAGUUACAAGGGAACCUGCGCGGCCGUGAGAGCUUACAAGUUGGGUAUAUUUUCAGUUGUGUCUUGUUUAAAGAGAGAGUCCUUUACAGUAACAAAAAAAGGCCUCACUGUGAAGUCAAGUGUGGAUUCCCGAAUAUCCUUGAGUUACCCCCCAGGAGUUUUCAGCUCAUCGGUGCUGGUACAAUUAAAGAUCCAACCAGUGGACCCAUCUCUGAUUGCAUAUUUAAAAGCACAGCAAGAAGCUUCCUACUCAGUACUGUCCACAAGUCCUCUGAUUCAUGUUCAGCACCCAUCAACACAUCCUUUCCAGAAGCCCGUUACUGUAUUCCUACCUUGUUUUCCACACCAAGAUAAGAAGAAUCUUGUGUCGGAAAAAGAUCAUAAAAGAGCAAUUACUGCCACAACAAACAGGAUCACACAUCUAUAUGUCUACCGGACAAAAAGUGCUUCCACAAGAAAACUUGGGAACAAUACCUGUGAAUCUUUGAAAUUACUGGGAUACAGAAGCCAAGACACUGGUUGGUUUGGGCUUGAUGAUGUUGUGGUGAGAACCAUCCCGAGUGGCUUGAUAUCAUUUGAAUUGCAUGAACAUUUAGAGAGGUUCAUUGUACUUCACCUCUCUUCCACUGUGGACAAGAGCCAUUUGGUUUCCUUUGUGAAGUCUUUGGAGGAUGCCUUGCUCAGCACCACUGCUUGCGUAGUUUUGUCGCACCAGAAGGACAAUCCACACAGAGUGGUUGUUUUAGUGGUGCCUUCUAAAGAUUUAAACCAGACACUUAAGGACUUGCUCUUAGAAGGAUUUGGAGGACUUCCAGAGUCAUCUCGUCAUUUCCAAGUAAGAGAAGGAGAACAACUGCUUUUAAGGUUUACUGGAAACAUAUUUGGUUCAAGCAAUGGGAAGGAUUAUGGAAAAGAAUACAAACUUAUUUUUCACUUGCAAAGAAAACCCAGGCUGGAACUCCAAAUCAAAGAGGUGGAUGAAUUUGGAAACUACAGCUGUCCCCAUUAUAAGGGAACCAUUGUAGUUUAUAAAGUACCUAAGGAAAAGAUAGUUCCCAACCUGGACCAAUCUCUCAUACUUAAUGAAAAUCAUUAUGAGUUGCCAAUUUGCAAAUUACCAUUGAAAUUGCCAAAGCAUGAAAAAUUAAUCAACCGUCCACAGAGUACCAAGAGAAUUUCUAAAGAUCCUCUAGAAGCCCUUUGGGAUAACUUGUUCCACUGGCUGGCAGAGGAACUCUCAGAAGAAAACGCUGAGGUCCUUACCUCGUCCCUUCCUCUGCGCCGCAGCACCAUUCAGCUCAUCAAACUCAAGCACCCUGAUGACCUCACGGAGCAGAUCCAUGAACUUCUUUGCUUCUGGAAAAAAUCUCUCCCAACUUCCACUGACAAAGUUCGCCUCCUAGCUCGUCACCUUCGCAAGAUGGGCAGGAGUGAUCUUGCAGGAGAGUUCAAGUUCAAGUGGGAAAAUAAAGUGUUCACUGAACCCCAACAGUGGUUUGAUAUGGAACCUGAGUAAGAGCUGGUGACUCAUCCUUUUGCCCUAGAAAAAGCCUCAUGGUUUUAAAGACUGUUUCUGUCAACGUUUACUGAGAAUUUUUCAAAUGACAUUGUUUGAAAUAGGUUUGUUUGAUAGACUUGUAACUGAGAAAUCAAUUGAAACAAUGGAGAAAUAUUAACAGACAAUAAGACAUUCCUGGUUCUGCGGGCUUCUUCACUGUGAGUGACAUGUUUUCUGCAACUCUGAAAGUCUUGGGUUUGGCCAAACUUCAUAGCUACUUUCAGAGUUGCAGAAAACAUAUUUACUUUCAUAGGCAGAUACACACAUGCACACAUCUUCAAUAGAGUUGGUCCUAUUUAUAUUUUCAUAGCCAAGGCUGCUUGCUAUGUACACACGAAAGAUAUUACUACAAAAUCACUAUUUAAAAAUUGUUAUCUAUGGAAAAUUAAAUGUGUUUCCCUUGACUCCAAGCAACCAAAUCAAGUUACAGAGAUACCUUGGGACCCACAGGUAACAAUACAAAAUAAGUGGGGCUGAUGUUAGUAAUAGCAAGUCACUUUUAGAAAGCAGAAAAACUUGUAAUAAAUUAAAAAUAGAAAAAUUCUUUAACUAUUGACUGCCACAAGCUUCUCUUAAAAAUAUGUAGCUUAGAAUGGGGAAAUAUUCUUAUCUUAUUAUUAGUGAAAUGAGGCAGUGCAGAAAAAAAUGAAGUAUAAGUAAAAGAAUUCAGGGCCUAUUUUACCUACUUAAAAAAAAAAUCUUAGUUAACAGAAACCUAAUAGCACAGGCCAAUAUGGUGUUGGCUUGAAAACACCAGAGGCAAUUAGUUUCAAUUAUUGACACCUAGAAAUUAACAAAAUCACAUUAAAAAAUUAAACAUUGAUGUUUCUCAAGUUUAAAGACAAAUUUUCUUAUAAUCAGGGACUUGGGUAUAUCCAUGGCUAUAUGUUGAAAAAGGAGAUUCCAAUUUCCAAACAUAUUCCUAAGAAGGAACAUUUUAUUAAUCUAGAUUUGUUUUGUUUUUAAUUUUUUUACAUUACCAAAAAGGCACUAAAGGUAUUUUCUCAUGUGUUCUGGAAUGAAGACUAAGAGCCUUAAAGUAUUCAUUGUUUUAUAAAUAAGGAAAUAAAUGAAUUUGCCUCUUAUUUUGCUAUUAGAGAUUACUAUUAUGAAUAUUUUCUUGUGGUUUUUAUUUUUUCUUAGAAGGAGAUGUUUGUAUUUCUAUGGCUAUCGAUGUAUACAAGCACAUUUCCACAUGAGCUCACGUACAUGUGUACACCCUAGUAUGUACACAUCUCCUGAUACACAUUAUCUCAUGGUCACAUCCUUCUUACUCAUAUGCAUCUUAGUUUCCUCAUGUGCACACUCUGACACACACACACACACACCUCCACACAUCUGCCUCAGACACACAUGCUUAUUAUUUACUACACAGCCUCAUGUCCACCUGUGCAUCUCAUGUACAUGCAGACACUGUCAUUAACACGUCUCCCAUAUACACUAUCAUGUGUCACACAAAUACACUUACAUACAUAAUCACACACACACACUGAACACAGAUCCACCUGCUUAACCUCAUAUACAUUUUCACAUUCUCUCUCACAUGUAGUUCUCUCCCACACCUCACACAGAAUAUACUCAUCACCAUGCCCACCCCCAGGUAGAUACCCACAAAUACACUGUAUCACUUUCCACGUACACCUUCACCUUCACACAUUCUCACAAAUAUACCCCAUCACACACACUCUGCUCCCACCCAUCUUUCUCUCCCACAUAUACUCACUCAUAUAACUCCCAUAUUUACUUUCAUAGGCAGAUACACACAUGAACACAUCUUCACACACACAGACACAUUUAUUUCCCAGAAUUAAUAAUUUGCACAUAUUAUUAUAAUAGAAAGACAAAACAAAGGUAUCAAAAGAAAAAAAAAUGAUCUUCUCUUCAGUGUAUCAUAUCUUUAGAUAAUCCUGGAUUCAGUCUGAUGUGGUGACAUGUGCUGUUUUUCCUGUGUUGGGAAACUACCCCUGAACACCCUCACAGCCAUACCCUGCCCCUCCCCAGCCUGUGCACCUGAUCUGUCCCGUGGGCUGGUGUGUAUGGAUCACAUCAGUGAUGAUGCUCCAGGCUUCUCAUUGGGUUUGGCUAAUGGGGAGCUGUAGCAAGAGAAUGAUGGCUAGGCUGUGUCCCUCAUCCCACAGUCCCUUCUUCUCUGGAAGAGGCCCCUUCAGACCACUCUCUUCUGGAAUUCUCUCUUCUGGAAUGGGUCCUGGUAACUGGUUUUCCUCUUAUCUCUUUAGCUGUAGGUGUAGCCCAGCUGUCUUGCUCAGAAUAACUGGGUGCUCCCUGUGGUUCCCUUGUGUCCUUUCUUCCCCUUUUAAAAUAAACUUUCCUUUGAU